AUGCGUGCGGCCGUGGAAUGUGCCUCUCACACCUCAGCAGCAGGCGAUUCGUCGCCAGUUGUCGUGAAUGUUUCACGUGGUGAGUCACCACGUGGAAUAGGUACAUCCGUUGCGUCUGCAGCGGAUACCUCGUAUCGUAAUCCAGAUGAGUCUGAGAUAGAAAUCAUCUAUUCUGGCAAUUCGGAUGAUGCAUCCAACUCGAAGGUGACUCCUCACGCCUCGGGAUCACUCGGGGCGGACGGUGCAAAAGCCAGGCUGUCUGGCUCUGGUCAGCGCGGCAGCAUCAUACCCGAGAUCUUCGGAUCGAGUGAUCACUCCGAUGAGUCUCCGCCUCACUCAAGUCCAUCCAACGAUAGGACGCGUGGAGAUGGUGGUGAUGCACCUAUUCAUCAUCACGAGCGAAGCAACUCGAGGAUUCGGGGUGUCACUGGUGUCAGCGCUCAUGCUGACACCAAUCAAGAGGCCGGGUACCACAGCAUCCUGCACCAAUCUCCUCAAGUGGAGUCUCCGUAA